GAGAAACAGAGAGAGAGAGAGAGAGAGAAAGAGAGGUGGUUUAUCGGGACCCAGUGAGCUUUUCCAUGUUCCAGCUAUUCCAGCAAGUAGGUUUUUUAUCGUUCAGUUAGGAAUACUUCAAGAACAAAUAGCAAAGGUCAGUAAACUGGUGUGAAGGAUUCAUCAGGACACAGAAGACUGACACACUGUGGUGGACCGGCAGAAUCAGGAUCACGGCAAGACUAAAUGCAACAUCUUCUUUAGCUAUAAGAGGACCAGAUAUCUGAGUGCAUCAUGGAUUUUGUGAUGAAGCAAGCACUGGGCGGGGCCACCAAAGACAUGGGGAAGAUGUUAGGUGGAGAGGAGGAGAAGGACCCUGAUGCCCAGAAGAAAGAGGAAGAACGGCAGGAGGCGCUGAGACAACAAGAGGAGGAACGGAAAGCCAAACAUGCUCGUAUGGAGGCAGAGAGAGAAAAAGUCAGACAGGCCAUUCGAGAUAAGUAUGGACUAAAGAAGAAAGAAGAGAAGGAAGCAGAGGAGAAAGCGGCUAUGGAACAAGCGUGCGAGGGCUCCUUGACUCGCCCCAAAAAGGCAAUCCCAGCAGGCUGCGGGGCAGAUGACGACGAGGAUGAGGAGAGCAUUCUAGACACCGUUCUCAAAUUCCUGCCGGGACCUCUGCAAGACAUGUUUAAAAAGUAACAGACACAAAGCUGUUUCUGGAAGAAAAUGGGUGAGGGGGGAUUUUUGCCAAACAGGUGAAAGGCUUUUCACUGCCUUGACGGAAUUUUAUUUCUACGGAUAGAAACGCUAAUCAUAACCCGACAACGUUUGGUCUUUUCACUGCCAUUCAGGUUCAAACUGUUUACACUUUCUAAAGAUAUCUCUAUUUGUUUACUGAUCACCAGGGUUUCUGAUACUUAGAAAGUUAUCUGCCUUAGGUACUCAAUGAUCAGCCCCACAUUAACGGCACAUUCCAGGAUCUUGAUACUGAGCUCUGGCACUGGGAAUAUGAUGGUUACUUGGAUUUAUUGAUCUAUUUCAAACACAGUGGGGUCAAAGCAUUUUAAAACAGUAGCUUGAUAUAAUUAUUCCUUCUUUCACAGAAAACAACAAAAAUGUCAGUGAAGUGCAGCUGUAAUGCUUUUAGUAGUGUGCAUGAGGUCGAAAUCUUGCUAUAAGAUUUGCCGUCAUUGAUACGUUGGCAUUUGUAAAAAUGGGAGACGCGGAUAAACCGUCUUAGUUGUGCCACGUUAGACCACCUGAAUGCAGCCUGGCAGUUCUCAUUUGUCUGUGAUGUAUUGAUAUUUAUUUUAUCUUUGUUGUACACUCUUAAACAAUAAAGGUUCUUUAUUGGAAUCGAUGGUUCCGUGAAGAAUCUUUAACAUCCAUGGAACCUUUUCAAUGCACAAAAGGUUCUUUAUACUGGAAAAGGGUUCUUUAGAUUAUAAAAUGUUCUGCACACUAAGAAAAAAAAAAUGGAACCCUCCAUUUGGAACCUUUAUUUUUAAGAGUGUCGUGUGAAAUAGAACUUGAUUUGACCACAAGUAAUAUUCACAUUUGCCUUGCCAGCAAAAGAUCAGGAAAAGCUCAGUAUGUACUAGAACUGUGACAAAAACACAGUUUAUAUUUUUACAAACUGGACGUUUACAAUUAAGAGUUAUUCAGGAGAAUUCAAGAUCUGAAAAACAUACAGAACUUGAAAUACAAGAUUCUACAGACUUUUUAGUAUGUAUUCAGAAGUCAGUCACUGUUUCACAGCACAUUUUUUCACUGCCAAAACACACGACAAUCAGAAAUUAAAUGGUCUCGUACAAAAAAAAAAAAAAGUAAUAAAUUGGCAUCAAAUUUUUAUUAAUAUCUGCCUCCGCUAAACAUUACGUAAAGGUCUGACAUGAUUCUUAAUAAUAAAAAAGUUGGUAACUGUUAAUGUUAAAAAACAAGGAGGAUAAAUUUAGUACUGUUGCAGAAAAUGGAGGCAUGAUGUAAUUGAAAAGAAUCAUUUACUAAUGAAAAUAUAUACUAAAUUAAUACUGGGAAUACAUGAGCUUCAUUCACGACAGUAAAAAAUACCAAAGAGAGAAUUAUACAACUUAGUAAAGAUGUGAUUGGUACACUCUAAAAAAUGCUGGGUUGUUUCAACCCAAAAUUGGGUCAAAUAUGGACAAACCCAACCGUGGGUUAAAAAUUUAAUUAAAAAAUUUAACUCGCACUCAAAAAAAAUUAUAACAACAUGUCAACAUGUUUCACUCAACUGGGUUAUGUUGCAUUUAAAUAACAUUAUUUAUUCAGUAAACUUAAGUUUAUUAGGUUAAAUCAAUGUCAUUUAGUUGAAUCAGGUUAACAUUCUUAAAUUUUGUCCAAAACUAUUAAGUUUAAAUAGAACAUUUAUUUACUCUCAACUCAAAUGGAUUAAGUAAAGUGGUUGAAAAGAAUCAUGUUGGAUUAACUUCAUUUACUUAAGUAAACUGAACAAGCAUCAAAUGUUAUUUUUGGCCUACGUAAUUGAAACGUCCUUUCAAAAUGAAAAUAUUGAGUUGAGCCAAAAUGCAACUGUUUCAAGUCAGUUUAACACAAUGCAUUUGCGUUUGAAUGAGAAACCUAAUGGUGUUGAAUGAAAAUGAUCUAUUAAAUUAACUGAACAGUAUCAUAAAAUCAUUUUUUGACUGGGUUGAAACCAGCAUUUUUUUAGAGUGUUCACAGUUCAAGAAAUGGCAUGUUAAAUGAUCUAUUACAACAAUACAAUGAUAUUUUGAGAAACCGUUAAUAUUCUGAUCAACAACAAUCAUUCCUAAUGUGAAACUAUACCAACAUGAUCAUUUAUAAAAAUGCUAGCUCAUAUUCUGCCCAAAAUAUUCAUCUUACUGCUGGCAAAUUCGGAUGUGGGGUUGCAAAUAUGAUGAAGUUUUUAUUUCAGUCAUCAAUGUCUUCAUGUUUUUAAGCAUUGCGUAAACACUGCCAUUUGAUAAACAUGUUGGACACAUUUUUUGCAGGGGGGGGUUAAAUGUUUACAUAACUGUUUAUGAAUACUGGGGUAAAGAGGCAAACUCAUUUUGUAAAGUAAUGCUCAAAUGGCUAUUGUAUUGCAUGGUGGGAAAUAUAAACCUAUAGAUAAGUUUUCAUUUUGUUGAUUACACAAAGUUAGUACUUGUAUGUUUUCCAAUCAGUCAGAUUGAAAAUGUGUCCCUUUUUAAACUCUGUUAGCAAACAAUUUAACAACAGGAAUGUAUUCGUACCCAUUAGGCUGUUCUGUGAUCAAAAUGCUUUUAAGAUUGUAAAGUUUGUUUAAAAAAAAAAAAUCUUAGUAAGAACAGAAUGACAUACUUUAGAAUAACACAUGCUACUCUCAAGUAGACUUUAAUUUUAGCAGUACGGAGGUAUGUUUUUUUUUAAAUUAAAUUAUAAAGAAAGAAUGAGAUUGACUUUUAAAUUUUUGUAGUGCUGAAAGGUUUUUCACUAGUCAAAGCCAUAUUGUUAGACUGCAAUAAUUAAUGAAAAAAAUAAUCAUCUUGUAGUCAUGCAUCUGUUACCUGUAAAAAAAAAAUAUGUUGAUAUCUAUUUAACUCUUCAUAGUACAUGUCAGAAAGUGUAUAUACUGAGGUAUAUGACAUUUCCGUGUUUCUGCGUUCUCAAUGUAAGUGUGUAUUUAUGUGCGUCUGUACCUGUUUGUGCUGUAAAAUGUUACUUCAUGUUAUACCUGUUGAUGUCUCUAAUGUACAGUCUAAAGCAGGCUGUGUCCACUGUCAUGAAGAUGGUGGAAUCGGGAUAUGGGAGUCCUAAUGUUCCUGUAUGCAUGCAGAUAAACUUUGCAUUAAAUACCAAAUCAGAACGUCA